CCACCGCAGGCUGAGAGACAGAGAGGGGGGCCAGCGGGACGGGAGGCCGCCUGGUCGCUGUCCGCGGUGCUGAAUGAUCAGCUCGGUGCAGGUCUCCAGCUCCCGCGGCAGCAGCCCAGGAAAGCGACCUCCCUCCGCGACAUGUCUGAUCGAGGAGAUGGGCAAGGGCGACGACAACGAUCGCAUCGUGAUCAACGUGGGAGGGACGAGGCACGAAACGUACCGGAGCACUUUGAAGACGCUGCCCGGCACCCGGCUGGCUUGGCUUACCGAGCCCGGCGCCUUUGCCAACUUCGACUACGACCCGAAGGCGGAUGAGUUCUUCUUCGACCGCCACCCGGGGGUGUUCGCCCACAUCCUCAAUUACUACCGCACGGGCAAGCUGCACUGCCCGGCCGAUGUGUGCGGGCCCCUGUACGAGGAGGAGAUCGCCUUCUGGGGCAUCGAUGAGACGGACGUGGAGCCGUGCUGUUGGAUGACUUACCGGCAGCACCGGGACGCCGAGGAGGCGCUCGACAGCUUCGAGGCCCCCGACCUCAACAGCGGCGACGGCGAAGGCGGCGGCGAGGGGGUCGGGGACUCGGAGGACGAGCUGGACACCAAGCGCCUCGCCCUGGGAGAUUGCUCCCCCGAGGCCGGGGCGAAGGCCAGCUGGUGGAGGAAGUGGCAGCGCCGCAUCUGGGCUCUCUUUGAAGACCCUUACUCCUCGAAAUAUGCACGGUACUGUGCUUUCGCUUCACUUUUCUUCAUUCUGGUAUCAAUCAGCACAUUCUGCCUUGAGACCCAUGAGGCAUUUAAUCCAAUCGUUAACAGAACAGAGAUUGUAAAGAAUGGAAAUGAAACCCGGACUGAAGUUAUUCAGGAAACGGAAACAGAAGCCUUCUUAAUGUACAUCGAAGGAGUCUGUGUGGUAUGGUUUACCUUUGAAUUUCUCAUGAGGAUCACGUUUUGUCCCAACAAGGUGGAGUUUAUCAAGAAUUCUCUCAAUAUCAUAGACUUUGUGGCUAUUCUUCCCUUUUAUCUGGAGGUAGGACUCAGUGCUUUGUCUUCCAAAGCUGCUAAGGACGUUCUGGGAUUCUUGCGAGUGGUCCGCUUUGUCCGAAUCCUGCGAAUCUUCAAGCUGACUCGCCAUUUUGUGGGACUGAGAGUUUUAGGACACACUUUGCGUGCAAGCACCAAUGAAUUCCUGCUGCUCAUCAUCUUCUUGGCACUUGGCGUCCUGAUAUUCGCCACCAUGAUCUACUAUGCUGAGAGGAUAGGUGCUAGUCCCCACGACCUGAGAGCUGAUCGACACACACACUUCAAAAAUAUUCCGAUUGGAUUCUGGUGGGCCGUGGUAACCAUGACUACACUUGGCUAUGGAGACAUGUUUCCUCAGACAUGGUCGGGCAUGUUGGUAGGAGCCCUCUGUGCUCUUUCGGGCGUGCUGACCAUUGCUAUGCCAGUCCCUGUCAUUGUCAAUAAUUUUGGAAUGUAUUACUCCUUAGCGAUGGCCAAACAAAAAUUACCAAAGAAGAAAAAGAAGCAUAUACCGAGACCGCCCCAGCUGGGAUCCCCCAAUUAUUGUAAAUCUGGUGUAAACUCUCCACAUCACAGUACACAGAGUGACACAUGCCCACUCGCUCAGGAAGAGAUUUUAGAAAUAAACAGAGCAGAUUUUAAACAGAACGGUGAUGCAGCAAAUGCAGCAUUGGCAAACGAAGAUUGUCCUCAUAUUGACCAGGCAAUGACGCCUGAGGAUCACCUCCCCUUCACUCGUUCUAACACCAGGGAGAGGAAUGCCAGAGACGGACCCUGCUUCCUCUUAUCAACCGGGGAAUUUGCAUGUCCACCCGAUGGAGGAAUAAGAAAGGGUUUUGAAAACUCAAGGAGCCUAAACAACAGAGCUGGCAUGAGCAGAAAUAUACUAAAAUUGUCUUCAGUGUCUUCUUCGCUCUACAGCUCUCCUUGUCCAUUGAGGCAUUCUCCGUCUCCCAUACCAUCCAUUUUAUAGCAUGGAUUAGUAACUGAGAAUGGUCCAAAGCUUUAGUCCUACAGCCUAUACUGUCUUGCAUAAAACCAGGUAAUAAGUCUGAAGAUCGCAUGUCUCUGGGUAGCACCUUGCUUCUGGUGGUUCUACUGUUGACGUUAGGUGGAACGAACCAUGGUAGUUUCUAAAUGACAUUAUGCAGGGACACAGAGGCACCGGUGGUCCAUUUGCUGCAUGUGUUUGGUGCAUAGUUGAAGGUUAUGCAGCCACAUGCAGUUCCCAAUAAUUGUUGGUGCAGCCCAAAUGCUAUGGGUGCUUAGCUUUCCAAUUAUGAAUUUACUGGCUUUUUGGGAAUGGGUAAACUUUAUGUCUGCUGCUGCACCUGGUCAACGUUUGAAGAUUUCUUUCUCAGGAUCUUUUGAGCCAUUGGACCCUGAAGGAGUUCAGGCAAACAUGCAGUUUGAGCCAUUGCAUGGAAGCCAAACCGGUUGCAAGCAAUACUUUGUAGAGGUACCAAUUAGUCCGGGUGCAUGCAAAGGUCUUUAGAAGAAAGACACUGCCGCCUCUGCAUGUAGCUAUCAUUUUAUUUAACAGAAACAAAAUGCCACAUAUAUGUUGGAGGGCAGGGGAAGGAAGCUCAAGUAUUCACUGUAUUCUUUGCAUGCAGAUUUCUGCAAAGGCAGCCCUGUCAUUGCUAAAUAUAUGCAAGCAGGGGCAGUCAGAGUAACUUAAUGUGCUGGGACAGAAUUGGACGCUCUGUGGGCAAUUAUCUGCCCAAUGGGAACAUUUCAAGAGAAGACGACCAACCCCUUUAGGAGAAGCAAAACUACUCCAAGCCAAACAGAUUUCUAAGGACCACUGUAUGUUACAGAUUUGACCCAGAGUUGUUGGAUGUUUCUACAACAGAUUGUUUCUGGAAAAAAAACUGUAGAAGAUUUGUAAUUAUUUGCCAGCAUGAACUGCAUGUUAUAAAAACUGUAAUUCUAUUAUUAACCUUUAAAUCAGAAGUUCUGUUUUAUUCAAACUCUUUUAAUUUUACAUAACUCUGAUGUAACCAUAAUGUAAAAGAAUUAUAAUUAACUACAUUAUUUGCGAUGAAUUGCUUUUUUUGUACAAUCCAUGAAUCAGUGCAAGAUUAGAGAAAAAUAUAUGUACAUGGCGAUCGGUCAUAUUGACCAUUCCUCUAUGCUUCAGAGCUACAUCGGAUACAAGCCUUUAAAAUUAUGUAUUCAGAAAGCACUUUUGCCCCUGUCUCUGAUUAGGUUGGCAUGCUAGUGAUCUUGUAUUUUCUGGACAUGUGUAUCUCCAUGGAUAUUAACUAUUCAUCCAGAUGGUCUUGGCCUCUUUCCAUUUACUACUGUAUAUUUCAGACUUACAGACUCUCAAUUAGCAAGUGUGCAUUCCAUUGAACAGUAUCAAUUUAUCCGUGUCAGUUUGCUGUGGCAGGACUGCCAGCUCGAGUCAGCGAAUAACUUCACUCCAAUUUGGACUCCUAAAGUUGGAAUCAAUACUUCAGCACUGUAUGCAAUUUAGUUCUGAAUACGUGCAUGCACAAUAUGAUAUGCAAAAAAAGUCUAGCAUGAAAUAAAUUUUGUAUUAACUUAU